AUGGGGAAAACCACGCUUGCCAGGCUAGUUUGCCAAGAUCCCAGAAUUGUGUCGACCGCCUUCGACUUCGUUGUGUGGGUGCAGGUGCCUCCUGACUUCGCCGUGGACGCAAUCGAGAAGGCGAUGCUGGAAGCCGUCACGAGUUUCUCACCUCAAUACUAUAAUUCGAAGCUGCUGCAGCAUGCUCUCGUGGGCAAGAGGAUUCUGCUUGUUCUGGAUGGUACCUGGGAAGACAGCAGCGUGGAGAAGUGGAGAGCGCUGAUGGCUACUCUCAGGAACUGCAGCAGGGGGAGCAGGAUCCUGCUGACGACACGGAUGCGGUCAGUGGUUGAUAUGGUAGAGGCAGCCAUAGGAUCUCCAGCUGAAUGUCUCGAGCUGGGUGAAUUGGGAGAAAAUGACAGUCUCUUGCUCUUCAGAAGCCGGUUGCCUUCUCAAGUGUAUUCUGAAGAUUAUGCUCAUCUCCGGUUGAUUGUUGAACAGAUUGCCGACCGUGCUGGAGGAUGCCCGCUCCUAACAGAAAAGGUUGCUUCAUGGUUGGGAUCACAUUUGGAGACCCAUCAUUGGAAUGCUGUCCUAAAGGAAGGCUGGCAGAAACUGGGACUUGAGGACAUUUUUGCAAGUUUAAGGUUGAGCCAUGAUCAUCUACCUUCAGAACUGCAAAAUUGCUUCAGAUACUGUAGUAUAUUCCCAAAGGGAUACAGGUUUAACAAGGUGGAAUUGGCAAACAUGUGGAUUGCUUCUGGGAUGGUAUCUUUCAGCUCAUCAGAGCAAGAUGGUACUGGCCUGCAGAAUAAAAAGGAUGCCAACUUGUUCAAAUAUUAUCUCCUGCAUAGUUUGAUGCAUGAUUGUGCACAGUUUGUCUCACAAAAAGAAUGUGCAAGAGUGGAUAACGAUCAUUUCCAACAUGUCAAGCCAACAACAUUACACUUGUCCAUUGCAUACUGUGGAAAUUUAACAGCAAUACCAGAUUUGGGACAUCUACGUACUCUUAUUAUACAGGGUGAAUCUUGUCUUGACGAAGAAUCUGAACGUGUGCUUGGAAAAAUUCUUCAUAGUUCAAAGCGCCUGCGUAUGUUGUACUUGGAUGUGCCAUCCCUUUCUCAUGCACUUGAUAGAAUCUCUGAUCUAACUCAGCUCCGUUAUCUCUUCCUGUAUUCUUGUGACAAGUCCCAUAUUCAAAGAGUGUUUAAACUCUAUCGUCUGCAAGUGUUCAAGCUCAAUUACUUCACAGGUAAAGAUGCAGACUUAAGUGGCAUAAAGAACUUGUGUUCCUUGCGUUGUCUUCAUGUUCCUGACAACAUGCUAUCCAAGAUCCUUCAAAUCGGGAUAUCAACCACACUUCAGGAGUUACAUGGAUUUGAGGUAGUGAAAAAUGAUGAUUACAAGUUGAGUAUAUUGACAAACCUUCGGCGACUCAGCUUAAGAAAUCUCCAAAAUGUCAGGGAUCGUGAAGAAGCAAUGGAAGUCAAAUUAAAGGACAAACCACACAUGAGAUUUUUGUCACUAUCAUGGAACAAGCACUCAAAUGAUCCAGACAAUCUGGAUCAUCAAGUCAUAGAUUGCCUGGAACCAAACAAAGGAAUUCAGCGGUUGCAUAUUUAUGGAUACAAUGGAGUCCAACUUCCAAUUUGGAUUGAGGACUCAUUGCCCAUCCAUUUGGUCUCACUUGAGCUUGAAUACUGCAUGAAAUGGAGGACCCUGCCCUCAUUUAAGGAGCUAAGUUCAUUGAAGUAUCUGAAGCUGGAGCACCUCUUCCAAUUAGGAACUGUGCUUGAGGAGCAACAUGGGAGCAAAGAAUCAGAUAAUGCAUUUCUACCCCCAUUUCUCAAUACACUGAUAUCAGGUGGUGUCCUAAACUGA